CCUCAUCAGAGAAGUGCAGUGCAAACCGCUGAAAUGACUCGGUUACGUUCCAACUUUUGCGUGAUGUUGUUGUCCUUCUGUUAUUCAGCAGUCGCGUGUUCCCGACAUGCAGCCAGGAUGACUUUCUCCAAAGAAGAGGCGUCAAUGCAAACAUCAACUUUUCCAGGGCCCUUAGUGCGUGUCCUCCCACAAACAGACCCCGAUAUUGUCACGGUCUUUGGCCGAACGACUGUGACAACACAUAACUUUAAGACACAUCCAAAGAUGGUUGAAAAAACUGUGACGUGGGAAGGCUGUGAAGGCCCGUGCUACAACAUUGCUGUGGUCCAUCAAAGGCAAGAGGCUGCAGAAGUAGUUGUCUGUGGUUCCAAAAGUAAAGAAACCAUGUGCUGUGAAAUGACCUUAUCAGAGGAGCAGCUGUGGUGCAGAAGCGCAGAGGGGGUGAGGAACAUCAAUCAAAACAUCAGAGAUAUGGUCAUGAAAGAGGACACGCAUUCAAUCCUUGUCGAGUCCCCAGAUGGUGAUACUCUCUUCACAACGUACUCUGGGUAUCAAGAGUUUGUCGGGAUCCAUAAGUUUGGAAAUUAUAAAGUUGGACCAGAUAACCAUGACAAGGAGCAGCAUUACAAGGGAAUGAUGUUGAGCCGGCGCAAGGGAGACCCACUGCAGGACAAAAUCUACGCCUUCUACAACGAGAAAGACGCCGUUACGGACGCGACCAGUAAAAUGUGGACCCCCUUUGUGACCCAAGUUUGCUUGGCUGAUAAGGGCGGUAGAAAGAACGAGCUGCAGUUCAUCUGGACGUCACAACUGAGUGCCAGGCUCUUCUGCGGCGACAAACAGAGACGCUGGACCUUCUUUGAACUUGUGGACAUAGCAACCAUUCAUGCUGAGCUCUGGCAGGACACCAAGAUAUACGCCCUCUUCAAAAAUGAGUGGAGCGUGAGUGCUGUGUGCGUCUACUCUGUGAGCGAUAUCGACAAACUCUUCAAAGUGUCUAAGUUCAGAGCUGCCAACCAGGACGGCCUGAAGAAUCGACUCAGAGAGUGUGUCCGGGACAGCACAGCCCUAUCGUCCCAACAGCUGAGUCUGAUCGCCCAAACCAUCGAGAUGGAGAGCUGGGUCAUGCCGGUGAAGAAUUCUGGUCCAGUCUUCACCAAUCACCACAACUAUACCAGCAUCUACGUUGAUGCCAGAACAAAAGAUCCAGUUCUGUUCCUGACACUGCAUAACGGAGGCCUCCACAAGGUCGUCCCGCUGGAGAGUCAGGGCUUCGUCAUCGCAGAGUACAGACCUUUUACCCACGGGGCAGACAUCAUCAGCAUCACGCCUCACCCCACCUCUAGGAGACUGUACGUGGGCGCCAGAGGGCAGCUGGCGGUGAUGGACGAGGCCACCUGUCGACUGUAUGGAGACACGUGUGAGCAAUGUGUUCUCGCCAGAGACCCCCAGUGUGGCUGGGAUGGAAAACACUGCACUUCAGAGACUCAGAAUACCACGCAGGAAGUGACAUCUGGGAAUUACAGCGUUUGUGGGGCCAAAGCAGUCCUCCUAAGCUUCACGCAGCACAGCAGUGUUCAGCGGAACGCCUCACUUCCCGCUCAGUCCAGGUAUUUCCUGCAGUGUCCAAUGAUGUCGCGACACGCCACCUACAGCUGGAGUCACAGGGAUAACACGAUGCCAUGCACAGUGAUGGAGCAUCAGUGUCUUCACCUGAUCACCAGCAUGAGCAAGGAUCAGGAGGGGACAUACCAGUGUGUUUCCGAGGAGAAGGGGUACAAGCGGGUGGUGGUGGAGCACCAGCUCUGGCUGAGUGGUGGCAGCCCGGGGUGGUCGCCUGGCCUGCUGCCGUGGGUGUGGCUGGCCUUCCUGUUCCUGAGCAACGUGGCUGGCUAGUUGGAGAGAAAGCACUUACAAUAGGAUUUUAAAAUACAGUGGUACCUCGGUUCUCGACCACAAUCCAUUCCAGACGGCCAUUCGAGAAGCGAUUUGUUCGCAAUCUGAAUCGAUUUUUCCCAUUACAAUGAAUGGAAAAAGAAAUAAUGCAUUCCAAGCCUUAAAAUAGUCUUUUGUUGGAGUGAAUGUAGAGUGUCUGCUGCAGGUGCGCUGUUCCUCUAUGUGUGUGGCCGCUGCAUGUGGGAGGGGUUGCCGAGUGAGUGACGUCUCUCCAGAAGUGAAGAGGUGCCCGGUGCGUGUCCAGCUCUGAAUGUGUGCUUCUGUGCAGUUUGGCUGUGACAAAGUCAUAAACCAAGUAACGCUCUGUCCCAGACUCGCCUCAUCCCUGUCCCAGCUCCAGCCCACAACAGGACAUCAAACCCUGGAGUGAGCGCUCCAGCCUCGGAGGUGUGGAGAGCGAGCUCCUACCCUGUGACACUCUACCACGGUCCAGUGUGGAGACAGGAAAGGUUUUACACCUCAAUAUGAAGAAAAACCAGCGUACAGAGGCUGCGUUAUACACAAUAACAAAGCGUAUCGUGGGUCAGCUGAUCGGUCCUCGCACGUUAUGUUUUUUCCCGCUUUUUUCAGGGGCGUUCGAGUUCUGGAUUUUCGUUCGAAAUCAGAAGCAAAAAAAUCUCGAAAUUUUUGUUCGAACUCGAAUGAUUUGUUCAAAGUCCGGGACGUUCGAAAACUGAGGUACCACUGUACCAGAACCACAAAUAAUACUUUGUGUGUGAAGUAACUUGCAGGCAACAUCUGUUUUCAAAUGCUUCAGAAAAUCUGAUUUCAAAACUUUGAAUGACGAAUGGCACUUGAUUGAGCAUAAUAGUUUGUGGCUGUGAGUCUUUGUGUGUGAAUCCGUCAUUUGUUUAAGUGACCAGUUGACAUGUAAUGUUGUGUUGAGGAACUGUUUUCUUGUGUUCUUGAUUCCAUGAAUGUUCUGCUACUAAGAGGAUGUAUUUCAAUUUAAUAUUGAAGUUUGUUUUUCAAAUAUAUGUAUGCUUUUUCUAAAAUGUUUAUCAUAAGCUGCAGUAUGAGGUUUCAAGCAUUUUAAAUGCAUGUUUAACAUGCCCAAAGUUGAAAGAGAGAAAUCAGUCAUUUCAUACAUCAUGGCUCUCAAAGUCCCAGGAAAAAGGAGGAUGUCCCUGUACGUUCAGCAUUUAGCAUUUUCACUUUCUGCUGAGUCAUCAUUGAGGCUGUCUCACUUUUUUUCUCAGAAUUCUGACUUUAAUCUCAGAAUUCUGACUUUUUUUCUCAGAAUUCUCAGUUUAAAGUCAGAAUUUGGACUUCAUGAGAAUAAAGUCAGAAUUCUGACUUGUAGAAGUCUUGUCAGACUUCUGAGAUUAAAGUGAGAAUUCUGAGAUUAAAGUCAGAAUUUUGAGGAAAAAAAAAGUCAGAAUUCUCACUUUUUUUCUCAGAAUUCUGAGUUUAAAGUGAGAAUUCUGACUUCUGAGAUCAAAGUCACUUUAAAGUCAAAAUGCUGAGAAAAAAAAGUCAGAAUUGUCACUUUAAAGUCAGAAUUCCGAGAUUGAAGUCAGAAUUCUGAAUUUAAACUGAGAAUUCUGAGAUUAAAGUCAGAAUUCUAACUUUAAAGUCAGAAUUCUGAGAUUAAAGUGAGAAUUCUGACUUUAAAGUCAGAAUUCCAAGAUUGAAGUCAGAAUUCUGACUUUAAUCUCAGAAUUCUCACUUUAAACUCAGAAUUCUGAGAUUAAAGUCAGAGAAUUCCCACUUUAAAGUCAGAAUUCUGCCAAAUUUUCUCCUCUUUCGUACUCUUCCGUACGACAGACGUGUAAAUGCGUUUUUCUCCACUUUUAGAAAGAGAAACACGUUAAGAUCCACUCUGCGCGGACAUUACGUCAUCAAUGUGCAUCAGCGGUAAACAGUACAGCAUUGCGCCCCCCUGUUCGGAAACAUUUUUCCUUUCGCAAGAACGGAAAUGUUCAAAAUGGAUCGCGGUGUGCUGGAUUUCUCAAGAUGAAGUAUAUAUUGCGGCAACACGACCAAUCUCUCCGACCGUCCAGGCUGUUACUGCUGUUAGAUACGAGUGUUCUGUUGUUUGUUCAUUAAAAUGAGAUUAGCCGGUUCAACCACAGAUUAAUGAAGGUUAAUUAAGAUGGAUAAAUGUUUCACGUUGAUGAGUUUGAUGAUUGUAUCUUUACUUUUGUUAAACAGUCACCGAAGUAGUUGUUUUUCAAUGCAGAACUAUUACAGUAUGAAUAAAAAACAGUAGGUGCAAACAUAAAUGAACAUUCAACCAACAAUUACAUUAAUUGUUGUAUCCAGAAUUAAGUUACACUUGCAAGAAAUGACAGGAAAUACAUUUCAUUAUUUCACAUUUACACAGGUUAGAAUUUAGCCCUAGAAGCUGCUGAAUCAAUUUCAAGUCACUGAAUUGUAAUGAACCACUAUUGUCAUGGAGGUAACCUCAAAGUGUGAAACAAGUUGAAUUGUUGUUAAAAUCUUUUGUUACAUCAAGUAUUAAAUGUGUUCUUUUUUCAUUUUUUUUUAAAGUUAUGGUUUGUGUUUUGAUUUUAAUUCUCACCUUUUAAGACCAUUGGUUUUCGAUCCAAUAUUUGAAUAAGGCAGCAUCAUGUUAUUGUGUUGCGUUCGUAACAUACAGUAGCUUCAGAGGUUCAACCGUGCGCUUCUGGAGUCUGUUGGACCGAAAACCUGCGCCCACACGGCCUUUUUUGGGACACACCUGUGCUCUAGUGUGACCAGGUUUGACACAUCUGCUUAGGUGGUUGCAUCACACUGCACGUUGUUGUGACACCGGAGAGUCUUCCACCACCAGAUUGCCUCACAAAGAUCUGCAGCUGUUUAUCUUCUUCAAAUGUCCUUGCUAUAAUACGGCUGUGACUCUUGUGAUGCCACUUCCUCUAUUUCAUCUUGGAAACUUAUCACGUUGGGCCUCAGAAG